AGCUAUUGACAAUUUCUAAUGAGUUUCCCAGGUGGGUUGUUCCCGCUUUAAUGUACUUCUGAAGCAAAAGCAAGCAUUUUUGUACACAUUUAAAAUGUAUAAGGGCUACUUACACCAAAUCAAGAUUUGGAGUUGGGUGCUUUCAUUUGAAAGGAUGAAGGUAGAUGGACAUGCUGAUAUAUUAUCGAAAGUUUCUGUCCUCCAAGAAACGAUCUAUAUUAUUUCCACUGAAAAAGGCGAAAGAAGGGUUGGUGUAGAGGUAUAAUAAAAAUAUAGGAUCAAGAUGAAAAAAGGACAAUAUGGUUUUCUGAAAGGGUGUUGUCACACUUACGUACAGUAGGAGGCAGUGUGAGCCCUCGUUCGCAAUCCGCUAUGAGAAGAAGAAAAGCAACAGAAACAAAACAAUGCAGUCAUUCUUACCUGCAGUGGCUGAACAACUUUUUAAAGACAUUAAGAAAACGUAUGAUGAAGCUGUUCAAAUUCCCGAUGAUCUCCUUGUUGCACUGAAAUUUGUCUUUGGCUCUUGUGCAUUACAAGCUUUGGACCUGGUGGACCAGCGCUCUGUCACGUGUCUGACGUCUCCCAGUGGGCGCAAGGCUUUCCAGGUGGUGGGAGGCUCGGGUCGUUUGUACACCUGCUUCUUGUCCUGUCACUACUGCCCGUGUCCCGCUUUUGCCUACACCGUGCUGUGCAGAAACCAGGGCCUGCUGUGCAAACACAUCCUGGCUGUCUACCUCUGUCAGGCGAUGGCGGUGACCCAGCAGGAGAGCGUGUCUGAUCAGCAGAUGACCGCACUGCUCAGCAGAACCGAGGCCCCGUGACAGCAGGUGGACCAGAGACAAAGAGCCUCCCGGAUAAGAAGCUCUCCUUAGAUUCAGCUGUUCAUUUUUAUUUUAUUUAAAUUUUGUUUAAAAUCUGGAAGCAUCGUUGCAGAACCAUUAUUUUUCACAUUUUAAAAAUCCAUUUAAAUAAAGAUUAAUUGUAAACAACAUAAA